CCCCCCCCCCCUCUCUCUCUCUGAGACCUAAAUUCCGGAACCAUGCUCUUCUUCGCUACAAUCUCCACCCUUCUUCUUCACCAUUGAGCCAUGGGCUUUCUCCGGCGACUCUUCGGCGCCAAAAAAUCGGUUCAUUCCUCCGCUUCCUCCGGCAAGGACAAGAAGAAAUGGAGCUUCAGCAAAACCAAAAAGGACAAGUCUCACGGUUCGAAAACUAAAGGAUCUGAUCUCAGUCACUUUGAUUCCUCUGCAACGUUCUCCGACUCUUUAGAUGCCAAUAAGCAUGCCAUUGCUGUAGCGGCGGCCACGGCCGCCGUAGCAGAGGCUGCACUAGCCGCUGCCCAUGCAGCCGCCGAGGUAGUCCGACUAACCAAUGGCCCCACCGUCACUCGACCGGUGAGCACGACACAGGCCAGCACUAGCCAACGCCGGUGGGUGGAGCAAGCGGCUGCCGUUAAAAUACAGUCCGCUUUCCGGUCUUAUCUGGCAAGGAGAGCACUACGAGCACUCAAAGCAUUGGUGAAGCUGCAAGCACUGGUGAGAGGCCACAUAGUGAGAAAGCAAACUGCAGACAUGCUCAGGCGCAUGCAAACAUUGGUCAGACUGCAGGCUCGGGCACGUGCAAGUCGUGGGCACGUGUCAGAUCAUCUGCCUUCUAGCAAGUCUUCACUGCUUUACCACCCUGUCCCUGAAGAUCAUGAGCAUCCACUUCGUGCCUAUAGUACUAAGGUUGAUGGAUCAUCGAUCCUAAAGAGAUGUAGCUCCAAUGCAAAUUUUAGGGAGAUUGGCCCACAAAGAGCACAGUUUGGAUCACAUUGGUUGGAUCGUUGGAUGGAAGAAAGUAUUUGGAGCCACUCCAGAGACGCUUCACUGAGAAAUGUGCGUGCUGAUGAUGAGAAGAGUGACAAGAUCCUUGAAGUGGACACAUGGAAGCCACACCUCAGGUCUCACCGAAGUAGCAGCUCCUUCCACGCAUCUCAAUACUACAUGGCUUCGGACUACCUCAACAGUGAGAUGGCAUAUGACUCUCCAUCAAAAAGCUCGGCAAAAGCUCUAAACCAAAGCCUCUCAUCACUGAGCUCCUUGAAAAUUCAGAAAGGGAAAGAAGUAGCAUCAGCUUCAAGAACUGCUGAGAAUAGCCCACAAGCACUUUCGGCUUCAUCUAGACCUGGAAGUGGAGGAAGGAAAGGCCCUUUCACACCCACAAGGAGUGAGUGUUCUUGGGGUUUCUUUGGCUAUCCAAAUUACAUGGCCAACACUGAAUCAUCAAGGGCUAAGGUUAGAUCUCAGAGUGCUCCUAGGCAAAGGUUGGAAUUUGAGAGAUACAGUUCAAGUGGGAGAAGUGUUCAAGGGUUCUGGGAUUCAGAUAGGGAUGGAGAUUUCAGGAACAGAGUCUAUCCAUCUUCAACCCACUUGAACAGAGUUGGGAGUGCCAAUUUAAGGUGAUGCCUGCAUGUGUUAUUAUAACCCAGUAACCUCCAAGAACAAAAGGGAGAAAAAGGAGUUUCCUUUUUCUGCCCGGAUUAUGGGUGUUUGGAAGCAGUUGGAUUUUGCUGUGGAGAUCUGGAUUUUUUGUUUCAAGUGGUCUAACUUAGAUUGGAUUUUUUUUGGAACUAACUUUGGCUGAAGUGAGGACCUUGAAAUUUGUGUAACAAUGGCUCUUGGGAAUGGGAAGUAUUUUGCAGGGAUCUCAGAGAUCCAAUCUCCGUAUCACUACCCUGCAAUAGUUUCACAUGUAAAUUAUUUGACCUGGCAAUCUAAAGUAUUUGUCCGUACACUGCUGGUGUGAGAGAUGUAUUGUUUUUAAACUGUAAGUGGGUAUGGUUUUACCGUGUUGUUUAUUUUUAA